ACUGAUGUGUUCUGAACUGUGAUGUAAUUUCAGUGAGCACCCCUAAUUUUGCUGAUUUAUUGCUGCCAAUCGCUCUCAAUGGAAUCUAAUCAAAAAUCCGGGGAUGGACUGACGGGCAUGCAGAAAGAGGUGUCGCUGCGUGCACUCAUUCAGCGCACAGGAUAUCAAUUAUUUCAGGUAGGAACCAGACCCCAAGCAUUUAGUGCUUUAUCCAGUCUAUGACCAAUGCAGUGUUGGAUACUAUCAUAUGGCCCCCACACAAAAGUCAUCCUUCUUUAUGGAGUUUAUGUGUAAUGUGUGGCUCUGAUAAAAGCCAAUGCCUCUCCAUCAGUUUCAAACCUAUUUAUGUGUGUGUGAGCUCUUUCGCUUGGCCUCGGUCAUGACAAGUGAUAAUGGGGCACCACCCUGUGGUGGAAGAGACAAACAACUGGAUCCCUUUGUCUGUUUUUGCUGCAGUCUGGUCCCUGGCAAAUUAAUUUGGUUGGGGAUUCUACAGCUCAUACUUUAUUGUUAUGUGGAUUGUGUGGGAAAUUUGUGCACAACUACAAGAUCAUACCAAAUGAAGAUAUCAGGGAGAUUUCUAUAUGAAUGCUCAAAUCUCUAAUUCGGAAUGAAACCUGCGUUACAAAGGGCUUUAAAGUGGUAGGAUAUCCUUACAAGCCCUGUACCACUGGUUACUCAUUCCGGUUGUUUCCACAGGAGAAUGGUCAGAGGAGGUACGGUGGGCCCCCUCCAGGCUGGGAAGGCCAUCCCCCAGAGAGGGGCAGUGAGAUCUUUGUGGGGAAGCUACCCAGGGACCUCUUCGAGGAUGAGCUGGUCCCCCUCUGUGAGAAAGUAAGAGAUGUUUGCCCAAUUAAAGUAAGAGAUGUUUGCCCAAUUAUAACAGUUCCCAAAGUGUAACCUGUUGUAUGUCCUUGUUUUCAAAUAAAUCCCCUUUCUGUUCACAGUUUGGGAAGAUCUAUGAGGUUCGGAUGAUGAUGGACUUCAAUGGCAAUAAUCGGGGAUAUGCAUUUGUUACCUUCACCACCAAAAAUGAAGCCAAGACCGCCAUGAAACAGCUCAAUAACUAUGAGAUCAGGUAAGCAAUCAUGACACAAUUAAAUGAAAUGGAGAAAAAGCCCUGUGUAGCCUUACGGUCAGCUACCAGAAACCUGUGCCUGAGUCAUGGAAAACUCAUUGCAGGACUACCAACACUCUCUUCAUCAUCAUACAGCAACAAUAUCUGAUUUAAUUGUGUGUAUUGUUGACAAACUAAAUCAAUCUUUCCAUUCAAUUCAAUCCGGUUAUCCUCCAGGAACGGAAGGCUCCUAGGCGUAUGUGCCAGUGUGGACAACUGUCGUCUGUUUGUGGGGGGUAUCCCCAAAUCCAAGAAGAGAGAGGAGAUCCUGAUGGAGAUGAAGAAAGUGACAGAUGGGGUGUUGGAGGUGAUUGUUUACCCCAGUGCUGCGGACAAGACCAAGAACAGGGGCUUCGCCUUUGUGGAGUACGACAGUCACCGCGCUGCAGCCAUGGCCAGAAGGAAACUACUGCCAGGUACUGGACCCUUAUUUUAUACUAUUAACAGUCAUAGUACUGAGAAUCACAGUCAGUCUAAAAACAACAUCAUUGUAACAUAACCCUAUGGAAGGAUAUAGUAUAUAAUACUGGAUCAUGAUGACUUUGAGACUUUUGCCUAUGAAAACUAAUUUGGAUCUUUUGACUUUGGGUGGGCUGAUUGGCUGAAGAGUUGAACUUCCUGAUCUUCUUCCCCAGGGAGGAUCCAGCUGUGGGGACACGCCAUCGCCGUGGACUGGGCGGAGCCUGAAGUGGAAGUGGACGAGGACACCAUGGCAACGGUGAAAAUUCUCUAUGUGAGGAACUUGAUGCUGGCUACCACAGAAGAGACCAUUGAGAAGGAGUUCAACAGUAUCAAACCAGGCAGGUUCAGUUACAGUACAGCCGGAUAGUGUGUCACAUCUGGGUUCAACGACGAGUUUCUGUAUGUGACUGUGUGUUGUAAUGGGGUUAAUAUGCGGAUGUAUGUUAAUGAUCCACAGGUGCUGUGGAGAGAGUGAAGAAGAUCAGAGACUACGCCUUUGUCCAUUUCACCCAGAGAGAGGACGCGUUAAGCGCCAUGGACGCAGUGAAUGGAAAGGUGUGAUCUCUAACACGAUCUCUCUCACUGGCCUCUCUCUCGCACUGGUCUAUCCCAGGACAUGUAAUGUCAUGAUGACACAUGCUUUUAUCUAAAGUGACUCCCAGUUAACACAUAUUCAAUACAUGCAACUCAUGUGGGAAUCAAACUCACAUCAGUAUCAGGCUCCAGCCACUGAGCCAUCAGAACCAAGCAAUAUCACACAACAAUGCAUGAUCCAGCCACACAACCAUCCUCUACACUGAAUAGUUCCUAAAUGUCAACUCCUCCCCUAGCUGGUGGAUGGCUCUCCCGUGGAGGUGACCCUGGCCAAGCCGGUGGAUAAGGACAGCUACGUGCGCUACACCCGAGGUACAGGUGGCCGAGGUGGGGCCCUGCUCCAGGGGGAGUACGCCUACACACUGAGCCAGGUGUAUGACCCCUCAGCAGCCUACCUGGGGGCCCCCGUGUUCUACGCCCCACAGGCAUAUGCUGCAAUUCCUAAUCAGUUCCGCUUCCCCAGUGCCAAGGGGCAUGUGGGUGGCCGUGGCCUCGUGCGCACACCAUCGGUUAGAGGUGGGUACCCUCUCUCUGCUUCCUCUCCAUAGCCUAUCAGUGAGACACAGAUAGAUAUGGCCAUUAAUCUACCAAUCUUUGUCUUUGAGUACCUGAUUUGAUCAAUGGUAUCUGAUAUAAUCACUUGAGAUAUCCAAAUCCAACCAGCCUCGAUGGGUAUCUUCCAACAUCAACACUUCACUGAAAGAUUAAACUGAAAUUGCUUUGGUCUAAAUUGCAAUGAAUCGUUUGAAUCACAGCAUGCUAUAAAAUACUUGAUUCAAAUGUUAAACAAGUCUGGAGCCAAAUCCACAUUUUGCAAUGAUACAGUAUAUGUUAUUUCAUUAAUGUCUAUGUUUGAUCUCCUAAUAGAGAUAAGUUAUCAAUUUUCAUGCAUUUAGCACUAUUAUGCUGUCCUGAUUUAUUUAUAGUAGUAUGAGAUUUAGGAUGUCUGACUGUCAUUCAAAAUGUGCUCUCCAUGGCUGCAUAUUACAGUCUAGUGUGACAAGUGCAAACAUUCAAUCAAGUUGGAUUUGGGGGGAAUUGAACGUGUCGAAAAUGGAACCAUUGAAUGACUACCAAAAAAUCAAAAUAACGCCACAGCUUUAAGCAGUGAAAAUGAGAAUCACUGUACUGUGCCGGCCUGGAUGACACCAUAAUCAGUGUUUACGUAGUCUUGAUGGACCCCCAGGUGAUUUCUGGUGAUUUGAUUUGAUUUAAUGCCUUCUUGCAUUCCUAGAAAUUUACAUGAAUGUACCUGUAGGGGCAGCGGGGGUGCGCGGGAUGGGUGGUCGCGGAUACCUUGCCUAUGCAGGUGUAGGCCGAGGCUGUGCCACCUACCAGCUAAAGACAGACAAGCGCCCCGACGACAAGCUCUUUGACCUGCUGCCGGGCAUGGAGCUCACGCCCAUGAACCCUGUGUCUAUGAAGCCUCCCGGUAUCAAACAUGCGCCACAGGUACACACCUCCCAGACGAGGCAAUGCAUGAGAACUGCAUAAUGAGGAACAACAAAAAGACACACACACACACACUUACUUAUUAGCCCUAAAUAACAUAUUCAGAAUUCUGCUCACUCAAUAAUUGAAUGUUGCAGAACAACAAUGUCAUAUCAUUGAUUGAUCUAUGGAUAUGUAUUGAUUCAUGCAUCAUCUUCUAGAUCUUGGAGGACGUGUGUCAGAAGAACAACUGGGGGCAGCCAGUUUACCAGCUUCACUCUGCCAUCGGACUUGAUCAAAGGCAACUGUUCCUCUACAAAGUCACCAUUCCGGCUCUGGCCAACCAAUACCCUAAUGUGUAAGAAACACAGCCACUUUGGAGUCUACUGUACACACAUCCGUUACGUUUUCAGUAGUGGCUUCCUAUAUCGAAGGACCCCUUUGGAUAACGUAACCUUUUAAAGGAGAAGUUCACUUUUUUUAACCAAAUCUGUAUUUUGGAUGUAAAUGGCUUGUUACAGAAGUGCCCAGGCACUUUCUUUGCGAUUUCACUUGGUUUUGAGAAACGUAAUCCACCAGCGAUAAACUUCCUCAUGCUCGUUAAGCAGUUGCAAGGACACAGAUAAAACAUUAACACAGACUCCAAAAACACCCAGAUAUUGACCCUUUAGAAACAGCAACGGUCUCAGUAUAGUGAUGCAGGUCUUUAGAUGUUGUACACAUGAAAUUGUGUCAUUCCGAACUUUAUCCGCAACGUUAUAUUCCAUGUUAUGCAUGUUGUGUGUGCGACUCAAGCGAUACUUCUUCCGUGUAGCCCGCGCACACGGAAAGGUAGGCUAUAGCUCGAGUCACACAACAUGGAAUAUAACGUUGUGGAUGAAGUUCGUAAUGACACAACUGCUGAAUAAGCAUGAGGAAGUCUAUCGCUAGUGGGGUAGGUUUCUCAAAACCAAGUGGAAAACGCAAAAAGAGUGGCUGGGCACUUCUAUUACAUGCUAUUUGCAUUUACAACAUCAACUUCUCCUUUAACCUACUCUCCCUUUUCUUCCUCCCUUCUUUCCUUCCUCCAGGCAUCCGUUCACCCCAGCCAAGCUGUGUACAGCUAUGGAUGAGGCCAAGGUUCAUGCUGCGGAGCAUGCCCUGCAGACCCUGGGGCUGCAGACAGAAGGCGCUGAGGCUUCCUCUGCAGCAGCAGCUGCAUUCCCAGGUAUGUUGUAAAGGUCCAUAAGACUAACCAUCAUCCAACCCUUUCUCUACAGUAGGUCGCUAGCCUAGAACCACAUAAAGGUAUACACUACAAAUACUAACCAAACCAAAAGGCAGUUCAUUAAUUACAUAUGCUGGCAAGUGCGAGUUUGUGAUAGGUUCUAGAAAACAUUUAUCAUACACACAAUAACAGCAAGAUAUGAGAUGAAACAACUUAAACUUAUUAAUUUGAAUGGUCAUUCAAUCCACGUCCUUUCUCCUGAUCUGCAGGUUACACAAUAGCGAACACCUCAGCCUCAGUAGCUGCCUCCCAGCUCAAACAGGCUGUCGCCCUGGGCCAGGACCUGACAGCAUACGCUACCUACGAGGGAUAUCCGGCCUUCGCCGUGGCAACCCGUGGAGACGGUUAUGGAGUGUUCUAAAUUCUAGGGCCAUCCUGGAUCUUCAUCUCAGUCACCAGCAUUCUUUCUUAGUAUAUACAUUCUCAGACUGUGUAAAACUAUGUAGUAUCCAUUAUGUAAAUGUCAUUUGAUUGUGUUGAUCUAUUUAGUGGUAGAGGACCACAAUUAAAUGUUAUAGAGUUAGCAAAUUGUCAGAAGUAGAUUGUUUAUGAUGUAGUUUAUCAUUAUAUUGACAGCCAAGUCUUUUUUCAACUCAUUAUUUUUAUGACACAGCUGCUGGUUCAUAGUGAUGGACUAGUGGUUUCCUUUGACCCAAUAGAGGUUGUGGUGUCCCUUUCAAGUUUAUUCAAUUUUCCCUAAAAGUCUUCUUUACAUUUCCUCAUAAAUCAUUGAUAGAAAUAGAGUUUGCAAAUGUCAGGGAUACCAUUUCUGCCAUAGUUUCAAUGGUGACCUUUAAUUUCUACCUACAUGUGCUGCAAGUGCCUUUUGAUGUUGUUGCACAGUUGUACAUUGUUAGACUAAAAACACUGGCGUGGGUUUAUUUAUUUUGUGCUAUUUGUGUGUCAGUAUUUACAAACGCACACACAGAAUUUGUUUCCCUCUCUUUUCCGAUGUUAUAGUGUGCAGAAAAUGAAAACCAUCCCCAAGCUGUGAAGCUGAACUGCCUAUUUUAAUAUUUUAAGGUUUUGUUGUCUAUGGAAGUCUGUGCAAACGUGUCUGUUUUAGUCAUGGGAUAUUUAUUGUCAAAAUGUCUGAUUUUACAUUGGAGUGUUAGCUAUGGACAAUCAUCUUGGACAGAGAUUGAUGUCAUUCUAUUUUGCUUAUUUUCCUUAUUACUUCACACCCAACCUAGGCCUGUGAACAUGGACAUUGGAAGUGUGAACACACUUAUCAGGGCACAAAACAACACUGAUAAAUAUGAAAAUGCCUAAGCAGUGACAGUAUUAAAGUGUGUAUAGCACUUAGAACAUAUUUUUAUACCAGAAAUCCAACACUAUUUGUAUAGUUAUAUUGUUUUUGGAUAUUUCAAAAUCUCUGUGCCUCAGUAAUUUAUCUUAAAUCCCAUAAAAGCAAAUCGUAAAGGGGUGAAAAAUACAAAUCUGAAAUGUAAGGAGAAAUGGGUACACUUUUGUGAAACUACAUGUGGUACUGCUUGGGUAAUUAUAACGUGUCAUGAACUGUAAUUGCCCAUGAUAAAUAAACAAAUUGCAUUUUGAGAA